GGGAAGAUGGCGAGCACCUAUGAGAGUUUCAACUUGCGUACCACACCAGAGAAGUUUUACAUAGAGGCUUCUGAUGAUGGCUCCAUGGAUGUCCUGGUUAUUGACCGGGUGUCAGCAGAGAUGACUCUCACAGUGAGGAGAGACAUCCCUGUACCCUCUGAGACCAGGCCAAUAUGUGGACUCAUGGGGACUAUACGGUUGGUGGCAGGCAUGUACCUGGUUGUCAUCACAAAGAAGAAGAAGGUGGGAGAUUUGCUUGGCCAUGCUGUGUGGAAGGCUCUGGACUUUGACAUAAUCUCUUUUAAGAAGACGGUACUACACCUGACAGACAACCAGAUGCAAGACAACAAGACUUUUCUAUCAAUGAUCAACAGUGUGCUUCAUACAGAUGGCUUCUACUUUGCAACAGACUAUGACCUGACCCACACUCUGCAGCGCCUGGCCAACACCAGCCCUGAGUUUCAAGAGAUGAGCCUACUGGAGAGGGCAGAUCAGCGUUUUGUCUGGAAUGGUCACCUGUUGAGGGAAUUCAUUGCGCAGCCAGAGUUACACAAAUUUGUGUAUCCUGUUGUUCAUGGUUUCAUCACCAUGAAGUCAAGCUGCAUCAAUGGAAAGGUGUUUGAGUGGAGUAUUAUCUCCAGGAGGAGCUGUUUUAGAGCCGGAGUCCGCUACUAUGUCCGAGGUAUUGAUUCAGAAGGACAUGCCGCCAACUAUGUGGAAACAGAACAGAUAGUGCAGCAUAACUGUGCUAAGGCUUCGUUUGUUCAGACAAGAGGCUCCAUCCCCUUCUACUGGUCCCAAAGGCCCAAUCUCAAGUACAAGCCAAAACCACAGAUCAGCAAAACAGUCAACCAUUUGGAUGGAUUUCAGAGACACUUUGACUCACAGAUUAUUCUCUAUGGAAGACAAGCCAUUUUGAACUUGAUCAACCAAAAGGGUUCAGAAAAGCCACUGGAGUUGGCAUUUGACAAGAUGGUGACCAGCUUGGGUAAUGGCAUGAUCAAGUACAUAGCCUUUGACUUCCAUAAAGAGUGCAGUCGGAUGAGGUGGCACCGCCUGCAGAUCUUAUUGGACAGAGUCGCUGAACUGCAGGAUGAAUUUGGAUAUUUCCUGGUAGAUGCAGAUGGGAAGGAGCUGUUGAACCAGGAGGGGACUUUUCGGAGCAACUGCAUGGACUGUUUGGACCGUACUAAUGUCAUCCAGAGCCUGCUGGCCCGACGCUCGCUGCAGUCCCAGCUACGGAGAAUGGGAGUCCUUCCCAUGGGCCAGCAGAUUGAAGAGCAGGCAGAUUUUGAGAAGAUAUACAAGAACGCCUGGGCAGACAAUGCUGAUGCCUGUGCCAAGCAGUAUGCUGGAACUGGUGCAUUGAAGACCGACUUCACCAGAACAGGGAAGAGGACUCAGUGUGGGCUGCUGAUGGAUGGCUGGAACUCCAUGAUCCGAUAUUAUAAAAACAAUUUCUCUGAUGGUUUUAGACAGGACUCCAUUGAUCUGUUCCUGGGGAACUAUGCUGUGGAUGAAGCUGAUUGGACCACCCCAUUGCGUGACCCCAAAGACUGGAAGUUUCUGACGUUGCCUAUUAUUAUGGUGGUAGCUUUCUCCAUGUGUAUCAUCUGCCUGCUAAUGGCUGGUGACACGUGGACAGAAACUCUGGCCUAUGUUCUGUUCUGGGGGACAGCCAGUGUGAUGACGGGCGGCCUCAUCCUCUUCAAUGGACUGGACUUUGUAGAUGCUCCUAAGCUGGUCCAGAAGGAGAAGCUGGACUGAAUAUGUGUGUGUGGAAAGCAGCUUGGCCCUGGCGAGCUCACCACCUCAUCGUCUAGCUCUUCAUCACUUAACUCCCAGCAUCAGCAUCAGCAGGCCUGGAGCCUUUACUAAUAUAGGGUGGAGUGGAGGAGGGUGGUGGACACCAGUGCCGGCCUUGUGUACUAAAACAGUGGACAAGAGAGAGAAUGGAAGUGCAUGGGCCUGCUGCUAUCCACACUGCAGUGACAGUCAUGUGGACAGGACUGUCUAUCCACAGAAUUUACUGGACAGUGCAACUUUGGAGUUUGUUCAUACCGAAUGUCAUUCUUCCUAAAUUCAGAGGAAUGCUCUGGGACCUACAUAAAGUUAGAGUUUGCCCCACUGUAUUCCCUUAAUGGAUGCAGAGGGAUCAGAUUGAGAACAGCUGUAAAUGAAUUAUUGUAUGUACUGUUAAUUUGCGCAUUACCUGUUUCUUCUUGCAGUUGCCAAUAUUUACCUAUGUACACAUGCUCUCUCCCAGGUUAAACACUGCUGUUUCGAAGUCUGCAUUCUCAAGACCAGCAACAGGUCCAUUAGGCUGUCCUGUUCAAAAAGCCCGAAGAAAUCUGGUGCUACAAUUUAACAUGCAGUGAUACAGUGUAUCAGUGAAAA